GAUGGCUUUAUUAAAUCAUCCAGGUCCAUUCCCCAGCUAAUGAUGAUAACAUUUCCAUUUGAUUGCUAUAAAUCAGCUUGGUACUGUUUAUAUCUUACUCGAGAGAGACAAAGGGAAGCACAGCCACCAGGUCAUCUGAUGUCAGCUCCACAAAAACUUCUGCUGUUUCUGCCUCUUCCCCCUUUUCUGCCAGGGCUUGUUUUCUCUCAAGAAUGUGCUAAUGAUGGAAAAUCAGCUGCCAGAUUUGCAAGGUGGACUUGGGCACAUUGCUCACAACAAACAGCAUCACGUUUCUUGGUGCCAACCCCGAGCUUCAGCAUCACACCCAUGGUACAUAAAAAAAUGAGAAAGAGAUUUCAAAUGAAUUCUGUUCCCCCACAUCUUGCAUCCAUUAAAUGUUUAAUUACUGCCUGACAAGGUGCAGUGACAGCAGGCAACAGCAAGGUCGUUUUUCUGCUUUUUACUCUUAUGCCCUAAGGCUGUGAUGGAAAUCUAAAAGAACAUCUCGUUUUUGUAUCUCUGCAACACAAAUGUUGGCCUCCAGCUGCAGCCUCAUUUAUGGAGUGUCAAUACCAAUGUGGAAGGGCCUCAGCUGAAGAAUUGUGCCUGUCCUUUAAAAGCAGCAGCUCCACAGAGAUGGUGGCCACUGUCAUGUGAGUCACAACACUUUCAAGGACGCUAGAAAUGAGUUCUAGAAGUGCUUUACUGCAAAAUGAGUGGUUUACAUCUUGUCCAAGUUUUCCUGUGGCCCAUGAGCAGCUCGGUGCUGUCAGAGGAGCGAGGCCAAUUUACAUUAUUUUGGUACUGCUCCACUUUAUAUAAAGAGGUUAAAUCAAUACUCUGAAUUGUGUGCUUUGAAUUUCAAGGACAACUUGGUCUUUGCUUCCUGAUCUGCUCUUUGAGGCAGCCAAACCUCACAGAAAAGCAAACAGCACAGCCAAACCCUUCUUUAUUAACUGAGUUUCUAAGAUAUUUUGUUCUUUAUAAAAUGCAGCAUUUUCUACCACACUGUGAAUUAAUAGAAGUGUUUGUAUAUUGCUAAACGCAGUAUUUUGCUGAUCUUAGUGCAGUUAAAGUGUUGAUUUUUGUUUUGCCUGGUUUGUUGAGCCUGCAGAACACUGAGGGGAGCCUUCAUGGCAUCCUGCAGCUUCUUCAUGAGGGUGUUGGAGGGGCAGGGGCUGUUCUGUGCUCUCUGGUGACCAGUGACAGGACCCGAGGGAGCAGCACGAAGGCAUGUCAGGGGGUUUUGGCUGGAUAUUAAAGGUUUUUCAUCCAGAGGGACACUAGCACAGGCUGUCCAGGUAAGUGGUGGAGCCCCAUUCCUGCCGGUAUUAACUGCGUGAAGGUGUGGUGGCACUUGGGGACACGGUUUAGAGGUGGCUUUGGCCGUGCUGGGUUAACGGUGGAGUCGAUGCUGUCAGGGGGCUUUUCUCGCCUCGAAAAUGACAGGAUUUGUGGAACAUCAUCCCCUGAGAGCUGCACCUUUAGCGCCGGGCUCGCUGCAGCGCCAGCGCCGAGGGGUCUCGGGAGCCCCCGCGGUCCCGGCGGAGGGAGCGGAGCCGGUCCCGUUAUGGGCAGAGCUGAGCCUGGACCGUUCUGAGCGGAGCCGAGCCGGUCCCGUUCCGGGCACAGCGGAGCCUGGACCGUUCUGAGAGAAGCCGUAUUAGUCCCGUUGCGGGCGGAGCCGAGCCAGUCCCGUUCCGAGCGGCGCAGAGCCAAUCCCGUCCCGUAAGGAGCCAAGCCAGUCCCAUCCCAAGAGGAGCAAACCAGUCCCGUUCCGGGCGGAGCCGUGUCAGUCCCAUCCCGUGCGGAGCCGAGACAGUCCCGUUCUGGGCGGAGCCGAGCCAGUCCCGUCCCGUGCGGAGCCGUGUCACUCCCGUUCCGGCGGAGCCGUGUCAGUGCCAUCCCGGGCGGAGCCGUGUCAGUCCCGUUCCGGCGGAGCCUCCGCCCCGCCAUGGCCGCCAUGGCCGCUCCGCCGCCCGCCGAGCCCCCGGCGCCCCCGGGCCGGCGCCGCCUGUCGCUGCCCGCCGUGGAGCCGCUGCUGUUCCUGGCCACCCUGUCGCUGGGGCUGCAGGGCCCGCUGGCCACCCAGUACCUGUGGGACCGGCUGGGGGCCGAGCACGGCUACAGCAACAGCAACAGCACCGACUCCUCCUCCGGCUGCGGGGACGGCAACGCUACCGCCGACCCUCUGCGGCAGGAGGUGGAAGCUCUGGUGUCCCACUGGAACCUCUACAUCAACCUGGGAGGUUUCUUCGUCAGCCUCUUCUCCGUGACCCUCCUCGGCGCGUGGAGCGACAGCGUGGGCCGGCGCCCGGCGCUCAUCCUGCCCGCAGCAGGCAUGGCCCUGCAGACAGCCAUCUACCUGCUGGUCAUGUACCUGGAGCUGCACGUCGCCUUCUUCCUCCUGGGACGCAUCCUGAGCGGCCUCACGGGCGACUACAACCUGAUCCUGGCCGGCUGCUUCUCCUACGUGGCCGACACCAGCGAGCGGCGCGCGCGGACGUUCCGCGUGGCCAUCCUCGAGGCCUGCCUGGGCACCGCGGGCAUGGUGGCCAGCAUUGGCGGCGGCCAGUGGCGCAAGGCCCAGGGCUACAUCAACCCCUUCUGGCUGGCCUUUGCUGCCAGCCUUGCUGCCACCCUCUACGCCGCGUUCUUCCUGCGGGAGUCGGUGAAGCAGAAGAGGGAGGCCAAGCUGUUCACGCUUAGCCACUACAAGGCUGUGUUCAGACUGUACACGGCCCCCGAGCAGCCGAGCUCCAGGUGGAAGCUGGCUCUGUACUCCCUGGCUUUCUUUCUGAUUGUCACGGUGCAUUUUGGAGCCAGGGACAUCUACGUGUUGUACGAGCUGGGCUUCCCUCUGUGCUGGGCUUCUGAUCUCAUCGGGUACGGCUCGGCCGCCAGCUACCUGGCGUACCUGAGCAGCCUGGCAGGGCUGAGGCUGCUGCAGCUCUGCCUUGAGGACACCUGGGUGGCAGAGAUAGGCUUGCUCUCCAACAUUGCUGGGCUGGUGGUGAUGUCUCUUGCUACCACAACGCCACUGAUGUUUACAGGUUAUGGAAUUCUGUUCCUUUCCAUGGCAGCCACUCCAGUCAUCAGAUCCAAGCUCUCCAAGCUGGUCAGUGAGACAGAACAAGGUGCUCUCUUUGCUUCUGUUGCCUGCGUGGAAGGGCUGUGUUCACUUGUGUCUACAGGAGUGUUCAACUCUCUCUACCCUGCCACCUUGCACUUCAUGAGGGGAUUCCCAUUUCUCUUUGGGGCUAUAAUCCUCCUUAUUCCAGCAGCUAUCCUUGGGUGGAUACAAAUCUGGGAUUCAAAACACGACUACAACCACUUCCAAGAGGCUUCCCUGACCCCCACAAAAGACUGAAUUCAACGCCAAGGAAUUGGCCAGCACUGCAGUGUCCACCUGAACACUGCACUUCAUUCUUCCCUCAAAGGACUGAUCAGUGUGGGAGGGACACUCUGCUUGUCCUUACUGACUUUUAAAUGCCAAAUAAUUGGAAAUCACAGGAGGAACUUGAUUUGGAGCUGUGAAUGGCUCCUCUGUGUUGUGUUCGCUCAUCUGUCAGAGAAAACCCAAGAGACCCCAGAGCCAAUCAAGCUGUUGAGGGCCUUUUGCAAAGCUGCUUUGUGGUUUGGGGUUGGUGGGGCCAGAAGGCUCUGCCCUGCUUUUAGUGAGGAGAGAGGACUGAGUUCUGCUGUAAUUGCUGAGCAUUUUCCCCUCAGGGUAUUCCAGUGUGCAGGGAUGAGCUGUUGGUGUGGGUGAGGCACAGGCUGCACCAGAGGCACCCAACAAUGUCCUGUGCUCCAAAUCAUCACAUUGCCAGUAAAAACCCCGCAAAUGUGACAUGCCAGACCACAAAACUCCUUAUGGAGAGGGGCGGUUUAGCACAGGAGUGCUGUUGCUGUCCUUACUGACUGAACCAGCUUUAGUUGUGCAAGUCAGAGGUGUCCUAAGAAGAGGAUCUAAUUCAUGAAGUGUUGGUGGGAGUGCCAGUGCUAUGUCCUGCCUUGUCUGCAGCUCAGCCCAGGAUCUCAGAGGUGGUUUUGAGAAGUAACAGAUCAUCUGAGAAUACUGCAGGGCCAGUAGAAUAAAUCCUGGGUUGGGAGGGACCCACGAGGAUCCUUGGAGCAACUCCUCUAGGUGCCUUAAUUGACAGUGGCCAAAAGCUAUGAAGUUAAGGAGAAAAUUGUCAGAAUUGUUCCCCCCUUACACUGCAGAUCUGAGCCCCAAUCAUGUGAAAUCCUUGCUGUGCUGAUCCAGAGCCCUUCCCCAGCAAGAUGGGGACAGGACUAGUGUGUUUAAGAUUAAUCUUUUUUGUUGUAUGUGGCAUAUUCUUGUGUUAAUGACCUCAGUGCUGCUUGUCCUGGGAUCUCUUGGUGCCAGCAAGCAAACUCCAUGUCCAUGGUACUUAAAUUGUUCUUUCCAAAGCAUUACCUGUAUUGCUGCAAUCCUUUUUUUUCUCUUCACUGUGCCAUAAACCAGCAGUUCUGUGUACACUGCACUGCACAUGCUGUUCAGGUACAUGCAGUAAUGACUUUCCUCUUACUUUCAGAUUGAAUAAAACCUCCAUGCUCUUUUAUGGUUCAUAAAACUCUGGAUAUCUUGUGCAGCUGUUGAUAUCGUUUGUCCUUGACUCAUUGGAGGUUUGUCUCCAUUAUUUUACCUCUCAGUCCUUUAUUGAAGACUGCAGUAAAAAAGGAGCAGCAGGAAUUUAUCUGUCUCAUGGAGAAUGAGUGUGUGAAAGUGAAAAGUCAGGGAAGAUGCAGGUUUGGGACUUGCCAUCAGCCAAAACUUGCUUUUCCUGACCACCAGAGUAAAGCUUGCAGGAGAGCUUUGUCUGAAACCUGUCCUUCAGUGUGCAGAAAAUGUGAAAUGCUUUAACCCAGCUUUGUCCCUGUGUAUUGGGAGUUUGUGGCAGAAGCAGAACUGGGGAGCAGAGAAGCAGGGAGGCUUGAAGAACUCGGCGUUAUGCCACUUGCCCCAAGCAGUUCUGCCAGGGCAGGUUGGAGUUACAGGGCUGACAGUUGGGCUCAGCCUGGAAUUGGCCUCCCUGAGGAACAGGGCAUGCUGUGAACGUUGCAGUAGAUGUUUGUGGCUGAGCUGAUUGUGAAGUGAAGCCCUCUCUACCCCCUGGGUGCCAAUUCAGCUGCUCAGAGUUGUGCAGGGAGGUGAUACUUGGCUCUGCAGGGGGACACAUUCAAUGGCAGCAAUUAUGCCUAAUUAAAAAAAUUAGACCAGAGUUUUUCUGGGCCACCCUCCAAGAGUUGCAACAGUGGAGCCAUGGCUGGUGAGAGCAGGCAGAGUCCCUGGGGGUGCAGGGCAUCAGUCCAUGCAAAGGUGAGUGGGAAGUGAGGGGUUCCUGCAGGAAUCCUGCUUGGGAAUGUCAGUUCUGCUUUGUGGUGGCAAGUGUGAAAAGCCUGCAGGGAGAGAAGCACGUGAUGCAGAAAGAGGAAGGGAUUUAAAGUAAAAACCAGAUUUAUUAAUAAUGCCUGAUUGAUUAACUCCAAACACUUCUGACGUGGCAGAGCAAAGGAAUGAGGGAGGGUGAGGGCAGAGGAAUUCAUUUCCUUGGGUCUGCUCCAGCUGGAAGGGGCUGGGUUUGAGAUGCUUUGCCAGAAGCAGGGCAAGUUCAUUAAGGUGAAAAUAAUGAUGGGGGAAGCAGGAGGAGUCACAGUCCAGGCAGCUGGAGCAGGAGAUGGGAUCUUGUGUCAGGUGAGACACCUGAGCUGUGGAGAAUGAGUAAAUCUCCCCACUGAGUGCUGGGUGAGGGGGCUGAUUGCUACAGAGCUCCUGGGAAACGAGACACAAUCACUUACCAGAUUAUUGCAAGGAGGAAAAUCCUUAGAACUGUUAGUGUGGGGCUCCUUCAGUGGCCAUGGAGGCCCUGACAUUCAGUUUCUGAAGGCUUUUCCCUGAAGCAGCUCACAAGAGGCUUUUAUCUUUGGGCAGAUUCACCUUUGGGCUCAUCUGCUGCCUCCUUGUUAUUUAUUCUGGAGAUUAGAUGGAUUCUAAUUCUGAUGAAUGCUGGGCAAAUAUGGCUAUUAACCUUUCACUGGAGAGCAAAGAUGCCAUUAACUGGGAGCUGAUAAGAACUAUCCAUAAAGCACCAGAAUUAACUUUUUUUUUGUUUUCUGCCCCUGAUAUGUUUGUGGAUCCAAGCCAAAAGAAGAAAGUGUUUGUGUUCCUGACAGUUAAAGCAGAGCUCCAGGGAGAGCCAGGAGGAGGACAAGCUGGCUGAGACUCCUUGUUACCUCCUGAAAAAGCUGAGUUCUUCUUGAGCAAGGAUAGGAAGAGGAGCCUGUUUGUUUUGCAAGGUGAUUCAGCAGCCUGGAGUGUGGAACGCAGGGAUUUGUGUCAGGAUGCCCAUGGUUCCUCACCAGACACUGAUGGUCCUGGAGCAUCCGUUGCCAGCCCUUUGCAAAAACUCCCCUUUUCCUGGAUAUUUUAAGGUGAGGAGCUGCAAAAAGCCCAGGUGGGUGUUGAGAAGAGGUUGGUAGGAAGAAGCAAGUGCUGCUUGGAAUUGCAUCCAGCAGUGAGCAGGGACAGCCCCAGGGAGCUCAGGCAGGGCUGUGGGGGUGUGGUGGUCAGCAGAGAGAUUCACCAGCUCCUGCUGAAGGCACAGACCACAGGAGCAGGAUAAAAUACAGCUGUGGAGCAGGAUAAAAUACAGCCACAGUGUGGAAUAACUCCACAAGCACAGCAGUUAGCAUCUUCCCUGCAUGGAUUUCAAGUUUUCCAGGGUCACAAUCCAGCCUCCAGUGCCCUGGAAAUACAGACCUGAUAAAGUGGUGAAGCUGAAACUUCUGAUGGAGGCAAGGAGGGUAUUUUAAAAGCACUUUUUGCAGGGAUCCUGCAGAAGCUUCACUUGGUCUAACCCCAAAUUCCCACUGCCAGAGGUAAGAGCACAAAGUGGUUUUGCAGCACUGGGAGGUGGAAGUCCUUUAAGGAGGGAAGCAGCUCUUGUGAUAAAGGGACAUUGCUGGGAAAGAUAAAGCACUUCAGGAGGCCCCUGUGGGUUAUCUUUCCCAAACACAAAGAUUUUGUUAGGGCUUAAUUUUUAUUUGCCCUUUCCUGCUCUCAUUUUCUGACCACAAGGAUACUCCUGGGGCACACAGCAGAGCCUCACCUUCCUCUCAAUUGCUCUUCUCUCCCUUAUGUCCUCUUACGACGGAUUCUCAACAUUUCUCCAAUUUUCAGUCCUCCAAAGGUUCUCCCCCUUUGGAUGUGUUUCUGGGGGAAGCUGCAGCUGCCUGUGGGGCUCUGGAUGGUGCCAG